GCCAGGCAAGCUGCUGCUCUACCCGCCGACUCGCAGGUACUGCUUCAGACUGCCUAGACAAGGCGCAUGGCUGACAGCAGCGUGGCGCCUGCGCAGUCAUCGGCCAAGCGAAAGGAGAUCUACACCUACACAGCGCCAUGGCUGCUGUACGGCAUGAACUGGAGCGUCCGCGCAGACCAGCGCUUCCGGCUCGCGGUUGGCAGCUUUGAGGAGGAGUACUCCAACUCGGUGCGCAUCAUCCAGCUCAACGAGGAGACGCACGAGUUCAACGAGGUGGCGCAGUUCGAGCACCCGUACCCCGCAACAAAGAUGAUGUGGAUCCCGGACGCGAACGGCGCGCGGCGCGACCUGCUGGCGACGACGGGAGACUAUCUGCGCAUCUGGAACGUGGUCGACAACAAGAGCGUGCGGUUGGACGGCCUCCUCAACAACAACAAGAACACGGAGUUUUGCGCGCCGCUGACCUCGUUCGACUGGAACGAGACGGACCCGAACAUCAUCGGCACGUCGUCGAUCGACACGACUUGCACCAUCUGGGACGUGACGCAGAUGCAGGCCAAGACGCAGCUCAUCGCGCACGACAAGGAGGUGUACGACCUCGCCUUUGCGGCGGGCGUGCACGUCUUCGCUUCCGUCGGGGCCGACGGGUCGGUGCGCAUGUUCGACCUCCGAUCGCUCGAGCACUCGACGAUCAUCUACGAGUCGUCCGACGGGCAGGGCGGCUCGCCCCUCCCGCUGAUUCGGCUCGCGUGGAACAAGCAGGACCCAAACUACCUUGCGACCAUCACGAUGGACUCGAACAAGGUUGCGAUCCUCGACAUCCGGGUGCCGUCCUUGCCAGCGGCGACGCUCGAGGGGCACUCGCAGUGCGUCAACGCCGUCUCGUGGGCGCCGCACUCGAGCUGCCACGUGUGCACGUCGGGCGACGACAACCAGGCGCUCAUCUGGGACCUGAGCCCGAUGCCGAGCCGGAUCGAGGACCCGAUCCUAGCCUACUAUGCCGAGUCGGAGGUGAACCAGGUGCAGUGGUCGAAAACGCAGCCGGACUGGGUGGCCAUCUGCUUCGACAAGAAGCUGCAGAUACUGCGAGUCUGAGCGCGAGAGGGGAGAGGAGGAGGACGGGCCGUCCCCUCUGCCGCGUGCCGCUUCGCCGCGGCGCGCGCGCGGUGGGCGCGAGACGGCUUCCUUACUGUGCCGCGCUACCACACUGUACCGUCAUCGUCAUGGAUUGCACCCGCGGGCCGGGGACGCGCCGUUCGCCGGGGUGCGCGCGAGUAGCGCGCGCUGCUCUGUCUGUCGCGGGUUUGUGCCACGUCUAUUCGGCGCCGCGGUCCCGGAGUCGCCAAGAGUUUAGCCAAUUUUGAACCAUCACUAAAGUUCAUUCACACGCA